AUGGCAUACAACAGCUUCGGCAACAACCGACCUGGCAGCGACUUCAAAAGACGUGAUACUUGGGGUGGCGAUAGAAAAGAAAAUUCCAGAUUUAAUUCCUCCGGCCCCAGAAGACCUUUCGGUGACUCAGUCAAAGAUAACGGACCAGUUGAUUUUGAAAAAGUCUUCUACACCGAACAUUCAGAGUUAUCUAAACUAACCGAUGAACAAGUUUCAAAAACUAGAAAAGAUUUUGAUAUGACUAUCACUGGUGAUAAUAUUCCUAAACCAUGCAUGAACUUUGAGUAUAUGGGCUUCCCCAUGAACAUUCUUAAAGAGUUCAGCCGUUGUGGAUUCACAGCUCCUACUCCUAUUCAAGCCCAAGGUGUCCCUAUGGCCUUAUCUGGUAGAGAUAUGGUAGGUAUAGCUAAUACUGGUUCAGGUAAGACCUUAUCUUUUAUUCUUCCAGCUAUGAUACAUGCCAAGGCCCAACAACCACUAAGAAAUGGUGAUGGUCCGAUUGUUUUGGUUUUAGCCCCUACUCGUGAACUUGUCUCACAGAUAGAGGAAGAAGCCUCUAAGUAUGCUAAGUAUUUUGGACUAAGAACUACUUCUGUCUUUGGAGGAGUAUCUUCUGGUCCUCAGAAAUCAGCCUUAAGAAGAGGAGUUGAAAUUUUGAUAGCCACACCGGGUAGAUUGAUAGAUCUUUACGAUCAAAGAGCUUUGUUUUUAAGUAGAGUAACUUUUAUGGUCUUAGAUGAAGCCGAUCGGAUGUUAGAUAUGGGAUUUGAGCCGCAAUUGAAGAAGAUCAUUCCCGAGACGAAUCCCAAACGGCAAACUCUAAUGUGGAGUGCUACUUGGCCUAAAGAAGUCAAGGAAUUAGCCCGGAGUUAUAUGAAGGAUUAUAUUCAAGUUAAGAUUGGAACGGCUGAUUUAGUAGCUAAUGCUAAGAUUGUUCAAAAGACUUAUAUGGUAGAUCAUUGGGAGAAAGAUAAGACUUUAUCUGAGAUCUUAUCAGAAGUAGGAGGGGAUGAGUCUAACAAUCCACGAAUUAUUAUCUUUUGUAAUCAAAAGAGACGUUGUGAUGAGUUAGUAGAUAAGAUGCAAGAGUAUGGCUGGCCAGCUGAAGCUCUGCAUGGAGAUAAGGCUCAAAAUCAAAGAGAUAAGAUUAUUGCUGAUUUUAAAUCGGGUCGUCGGACUAUUUUAGUGGCUACUGAUGUGGCUGCUCGUGGUUUAGAUGUUAAAGACGUUAAAGCCGUGAUUAAUUACGACUUCCCGACUAAUUGUGAGGAUUACAUCCACCGGAUAGGCCGGACGGCUCGAGGGAACAGUGUAGAGGGCCAUUCCUUUACGUUCUUCUCAGCUAGGGAUGAUAGAAGCAAUGCCAAGAAGUAUGUGGAGAUCUUGAAGGAGACGAAUCAGGAAAUACCUGCGCAGUUAAGUACGUUAGCUAUGUCCCGUGGGGGCAGUGGUGGCGGUAAUCGGCGGUAUGGCGGUAAUGGCGGGGGUUUCCGGGGUGGCCGUGGAGGCAAGUGGUAA